UCCCCGUCUUCCAUCACCUUCACUAUUGAUCCACCCGAGCCACAGCCAGUUGGUUCCACCAUCACACUGCUUUGUCACGUCAACGGGGGCAAACCGGUACCGCGAAUCACAUUUUACCGUUUGUUACACACAAAUCCACAGGGAGGUGAAUCAGUACAAGACAUACAAUAUUUUAAUUCCACAAACAAACAGCGAAAGCCCUUGACAGAGAGAAAUAUCACCAGAAUACAACUGGUAGUGGAACAGGCGGAUCACGAGACCAAAUUUGGAUGCUCGGCAACCAGUGUGGUGAUCAGUGGACGCUUACUGUCGGAACCAAAAGAAGUCAAGGUGUUGUUUCCCCCCGGUCCACCGAUUCUAACCGCAAUACCUCACGGUGCUGUCAGUGAAAAUCGUACGCGCGUCUUCGUCUGUCGUGCAUCCCGCGGAAGCUACCCAGUAGCUCAGAUACGAUGGAAACUUCAACCUGCCAUGGAUUACGCGUCCAGUUUAGUGUCUAAGCGACCGACCAUGCGUCCGUUCCAUCAGAUAUCCAAUACCACGUCUAGCCGAACAGAUGUGAUAACAGAUUUUGAUGUGGACGAAGAAGAACUGAAGCUGUCAGACAGGCCACAAUUAAAAGAUCCGACUAACCGCGGAGUUGUGGCCAUGUCAGAGGCCAGACUGACCAGUCGGCCGUGGUUUAAUGGGGCAAGGGUGAGCUGUCACUUGGACUGGUCCUAUGAUAACUUGAUUGGGAGCGGUUUGAAGAUAGAAUCAACGAAACAAGUUCAUCGGGAUCGCGAGUCGGAAGUGACCAACGAAACUGCUUAUCAUCGGCCAGCCAGUCUAACGACAGAAGUAUUAUUUCCACCUUCUGCCAUAAGUUUGAGCGUGAGUCCAUUGAAUGGGAUUCAAGAGCAUUCGGGAGAACAAGUAUUGGAAUGCACUUCGACCUCUUCAUUUCCGGCAGCAAAAAUAACUUGGUUAAAGCGAGCAAAAUUUUCCAAAUGGAAGGAUGACCAAAUGGCCAAUCGGGACACGGAUGUUUCCAGUUACGUCACCCCUGGAUGGCCACUGGAAACAUUUGAUACAGAUGUUCCCGUUACGGAUAACGUGGUUUCAGAAGUGUUGCCAGGUUUAUACGGUGGUAAACGGGUUGUGAGUCAUCUCACUUUGGUCAAUUUGACACGGUCUGAUGACGGAACCAUUUAUAUUUGCAAGGUGACACACAUCGAAUGGAUUCGGUCCUAUGCACGUUACUACGCCCUGGUCGUUCUCUAUCCACCACAGUUAAGCAUAAGGGUAUGGCCUGAAACGUGGCAGGAUCGUUUGGCUUUGACCAAAACAACUUUACAAUGCAUACCGACUGGAGGAAGGCCUUUGUUAACAAACGAUCCCGGGGAAGUCAGUGAACCGCAAAAUGGAAGUUAUUACGCGCGAAAAACGAACGACAUUUGGAAAUUCACUUGGCUGUUUCGUCCCACUUACCCGGAUAAUCUUUGGUCUCAUGGUCAGGCUCGUCCUCUGACAACGCUUGCCGGUUUUUCUGAGGUUGCACAAAACGCGUCAAAAAUUCUCAAUCACCACAAUAAAUCCGAGGUUAUCCUUCAUCAACCUGGUCGGCAAUUAGCCGGUGAAUAUACAUGCUUGUUGGAGGGACCGGGAGGAGCUGUGCGUAGCUCAGUUGAGAUGAAAUUCGCAUUUCCCCCAGAAUUGGUACCAUCCGGGCAGACCGCGUUCACGUCCCCAAUAGGCAGUUCCGCCGUUUUGGAGUUGUUCAUUUGGGCCUACCCUUGUCCACUGCCUCUCUCAACAAUGUACGAAAGCUAUUCUACUCCAAUGCGAGUAAAACCGUGUGGAGAUAAGGUGGAAUUGGAUCGCAAUGUGAACGGUGUCGCCCAUUCCUGGUUCAAAGUCCGUCCGGAUGGCAAAUCGUCAACGCGGUUAGAUAGAGAACGCGAUCCGAUAGACGGAUCCCAAUCGAACACUUGGAGUGAUGUCAUUUUGGUGAAUUUGGCGUCCAUUUUCACCCAACAAAUUCAUGCUUUCUCGCCUGAUCGAAGUGGAAGCACAAAAAGCAAGAAGAACUCGAAUGGCAUCACGACUCACUCGCCGAUUCCCACGCUUGUGUAUCGAUUAGUUUUCGAUCAUGUGCAGGAAAGUGAUUAUGGAGAGUACAUUUGCGAAAUCGAACACUGGGUUGGAAAACGGACAUUUCUGGUCAGGUUACAGCCCCCAGUCGAUUCCUCUGUAUCGAUGAAAGACGUUCAAUUCUCUCGAGCGGGUUCAAUAGUCAAGCUCAAAUUUGAUCCAGCAAUCAUGAGACCCGGGGAUUUUCUGAUAAGCGAACAUUCGAAAAAUAUCGUAACCUCCGUGGCUCCUAUCGGUACAUCUGCCAAACGGGACACCGAAUCAAAACAAGUGCAAAAUCAGACCAAUUUUGUCUGGAUGCUUAUACGUAUAUGUGUUCUCGUUGAGCAGUAUCGCAGUGUAAUCAAUACAACCGGUGUCGACUCCUCUUCGUGCUCAGAUUCAACAAACACAGAUAUAAAUCAAAUACAACCAACUUUGUGUGUUAAUAGAAUUGUGGAGAAUCCGGAACGUGGCUCAGCUACCAUCCAAUUGGAUGUGACAGAUUAUAAAACAGCCCAAGAAGCUGCUGGUUGGCCCGUUGCGACGGAGGUGGAUUAUCCAUUUCCGGGUGGAUCGAAUCGUACCAGACCAUUUGUUUCGGACCCACAAAGUCUCCCAAUUCGCUGGGACCGAGUUCGCCGAGUGGCUUAUCAAUUACGCUUUUAUGAUGACCAAGGACGUUUAGCUCAUCACACAAACUGGGUCUACGAGAAUUCCAAUACACCUCUGAGUACGUCUACCCCGAUUCCCGUCGUGAAGAUGGGUCUAAUUCUUCCAGCAGCCGUGAUACUUACAUUCUUGAUUGUUCUACUAUUGAGUGUGAUUCCAUUAUUUGUCAUAUUUCGGAACCGGAAACGAAAACAAGACGACGGUUUAAGUGUGACCAAUCUGGAGUUUGACCCAAUACCUAGUCCAAUCGUGAGAGCCAGUGGGAAACGGGCCAGUUGCUACAAUGUGGCUGACAGUGACAAAAACAAGCAGCUGCUUCGUGCGGCACGUCGCUCUCACUCUGGGCCACUGACGAGCUCGGUCGCGUUGACACAUGAUUCGCGUAGUACGCCUGACGAAAGUGAGUGA